CUUUCGGCUACUUUUUUUUCGUGUCUCGAGGGGAUCACGCUCUUCUCAACGCGCCAUCACUAUAACUGCGCACGAAUCAUCACCUGUAUCACUAUCCCAUCAAGUACGGCCUUGAAUUGGCCGUGUUGCUCGCAUCAUGGGCAACGAAUCCUCCAGUGUGGUGGACGAGAAGGCACCUCCGUCCGUGCUGGAGAAGCGCACCAUCGAGGCAGUCGCCAAGUAUAUCCUUGAGAAAGAUGUGCGACGCAUUGUGGUUAUGGUGGGUGCAGGCAUCAGCACCUCGGCCGGCAUUCCCGAUUUUCGCUCCCCUGACACGGGCAUUUAUUCCAACCUGGCCUACCUAGAUCUACCCGAUCCCGAAGCCGUAUUCGACAUCAGUUUCUUCCGCGAGAAUCCCAAGCCCUUCUACACCCUGGCCCGCGAGCUCGCCCCGGGCCGAUAUCGACCCACGAUCGCACACUCGUUCAUCAAACUGCUCUACGACAAGGGGCGCCUACUCAAACAUUUCUCGCAGAACAUCGACUGCCUCGAACGUCUGGCAGGGGUGCCAGGGGAGAUGAUUGUUGAAGCCCACGGGAGCUUUGCAACCCAGCGGUGUAUCGACUGCAAGGCGGACUACCCAGAGGACCAAAUGAAGGCAGCUAUCGCUAAGGGAGAGGUGCCUUACUGUCUCGAGUGCAACGGGCUUGUGAAGCCGGAUAUUGUUUUUUUUGGGGAAGCGCUACCGUCGGACUUCUUUGACAGCCGCGAUUUGCCGGAAGAGGCCGAUCUCUGCAUUGUCAUGGGCACCAGUCUGACGGUGCAGCCGUUUGCUAGUUUGCCCGGGUUCUGUCGCGAUGGGACACCGCGAGUGCUGAUCAACAUGGAGCGGGUUGGAGGACUGGGGUCGCGCCCAGACGACGUCCUGGUACUGGGGGAUUGCGAUACCGGAGUGCGUCGAUUCGCUCGCGCUUUGGGUUGGGAGGAGGAGUUGGAGGCGCUGUGGGAAGCCACCAAAUUGCCGGAGGACUCCGGCGCACAGACGGUAGAGAAUACACCGCCUCGGACGCGCGAAGAGCAGUUACAGGAGGAAGUCGAGCGUCUCACGGAAGAGGUCGAUCGCACGCUGGGUAUCUCGCAGGCCUACGAACAACGUGUCCGCCAACAAUUAGGGGGCCCCGUCGCGGGGAAAGCGGAUCGCGCAGAUCGAACCGAUCCGGCGAAUAACAGCAGCAGCUCGCAUGCGGGGGAGACAAGCACUGAAGGGCUGGCCCAUGUCUUCCCUCAUCUGACACGGGCCACAAAAUAAGAUGAUGCAUCGGAAAGUUUCUUAGCAAGAAGUCGUGGCUUAUUGGCUUCUUUUUUUUUUUUUUUUUUUUCUUUUUUU